CCUCCUCACCUUCAAACAACACUUUGUUACAGAUCCAUUUCCAGUAUUAAUUUACGCAUAUAUCUAUCAAAUAAUCGACAGAUUCAGAGAUGGGGUUAACUGGUAAGCUGGUAGCUGCAAUAGAGUUCAAGGCUGGAGGAGACGUGUUUCAUGAGCUGUUCAGGCACAAGCCCCACCAUGUUUCCACAACCAGCCCUGGGAAAGUGCAAGGAUGUGAUUUGCAUGAGGGUGAGUUUGGGCAUGUUGGUUCCAUCAUUUGCUGGAAGUACACUCAUGACGGGAAAGAGAAAAUUGCGAAACAACUGAUUCAAACCAUCAACGAAGAGAAGAAGUUGAUCGAAUUCAAGAUGCUGGAAGGAGAUCUGAUGGAGGAAUACAAAACCUUCCUUAUAACACUGCACAUCGAGACUAAGGACGGCAUUGAUUUGGUUACAUGGACAUUGGAGUAUGAGAUGCUGAACGACGAUGUCGGGCACCCUAUCUCCUUGCUAUCCUUCAUCAUCGACCUCACUAAGGACAUCGAAACUCAUCACAUCAACAAACCCUAAAUUAGAUGGUUCCCUUCCUAAUGCGUGAAACCCUAAUCGAACAAUAUGUUAAUUAUGAACGGGAAUUGGUGUGUUAAUAAAGCCCUUUUUUCAGAAAGGCACCUACGAAUGCGUGUGUGUGUUAUGUACUAAUAAAGGAGAUGAGCUGCAUGCUUGCUCCAGGUGGUGGUGCCUGGGACCCUGUACUGUUCGUAUUUGUGGCGUGUAUGUGUAUUUGCAUGAGUCCAAAAUAAUAGGUUUUUAUUUCUAAUUACU